AUGUCCGUCGCUGUUCCUCCCGGUCUCUACCAAGUUCAGGUCACCAGUAAUACCAACCAGAAGGUUGCAGGACCUGCUUCUGCUGGAGGCAACAUCACUGUUAAUACCUCUACUGCUCAAGUUUGGCAAAUUACUGGUGACGGAGUGAUCACAUCGUUCCAGACUGGAAGCUCUGCUUCCCAAGCUCGGACACCGAAUGUCCCUGCUAUUUCGGGAAACAAUGUAGUCGCUGAUGCUGGAACUAUCGCCCAGCAAUGGAUCAUUUCGGGAGCUAAUCUCAUUUCUAACACCUAUUGGACCGGAUAUGUCAUGACCAGCGAUGGAACUCAGCUUUUCUGGGGUGUCGAUGGCAGUAAUAACGUACGCGUUACAGGAACUACUGCCAAGACUCAGUUCAGCUUCAUUCCUAUCGCUGUCUAG